CGUUAUCUCUUUUUAGGGUUCCAAUUCCAAAUUUGGUUUCUCUCUCCGAUCCAAUUUUCAAUUUCAACCUUAAAAAGCCUUCACUGACACAGCGAAAAGCAAGCUCAAUCCAUGAGGACGACACACUAGUAUUACUCUACCACCAACUGUACAUAUUUUUUGGGAUUUUUCUCCAGGCCAUUUCCGCACAAACCCUAGGAUUUUGACCUGUUAGGGUUUUUGAUUUUCUUUCUUUUUCGUAUUUCGCUUAGUUUCAGAUCCUAUUUCGGCGUACUUCUUGUUUAUUAAGGUUAAGAUUCGAUUUCCAUGUUCUUGUUCUUCGUCUCGAGUAAUUGAGUCGCAGAUAUGGAUGGUUUCGGUAACGGAGCUAGACUUCAAGUGGCAUCUACAUCCGAGGAUCUCAAGCGUUUUGGAGCCAAUUCCACGGAAGAUGCUCUGUUUGAUGCAUCACAGUAUGCAUUUUUUGGCAAGGACGUCAUGGAGGAGGUUGAAUUGGGUGGAUUAGAAGAUGAAGAGGAUGAUGCACUUGCUGCUGGGAUUGAGGAGGAGGAGUUUUUGUUUGAUAAGGAGAGUGAGGACUUUAGACCUCCAUCUGAUAUUGACGAUCUUGUUUCUUCAUUUGAAAAGUUGAACGAGGUUGGAAGCGGGCCAAGGGGAGUUAUUGGAGGCAGAAUACUGAGAGAAAGUUCGUUGGUUAAUGAAUGGGCACGUGAGGAGGGUUUCUCUAAUUGGCUUGCCCAACAAGGCUACAAUGUCGAAAGUGCUCAGGAAGGCAAAAGAUGGUCAUCCCAUCCACAUUCUUCUUCUAUUGCAGAAUCUACAUCUUUGUAUAGGACGUCGUCAUACCCUGAUCAGCCACCACCACAGCCGCAGCAAUACCACCAACAAUUCUCUAGUGAGCCAAUUUUGGUGCCAAAGUCUUCAUAUCCUCCUAGCGGAAUAUCUCCUCAUGCUUCACCGAACCAGCAUUCAAGCCAUCUAAAUAUGCCUUUUGUUCCUGGUGGACGUCAUGUAGUAUCGUUAUCUCCAUCAAAUCUCACACCUCCAAACUCUCAGAUUGCUGGUUUUAAUCCUGGAUCACGGUUUGGAAACAUACCGCAACUUAACUCUGGCCUCUCUAUUAAUGGUGGACCGCAGAGCCAAUGGGUCAGUCAAACUGGCAUGUUUCCCGGAGAACAAUCUAGUAACCUUAACAAUUUAUUGCCUCACCAGUUAUCGUAUCAGAAUGGAUUUCCACAGUUACCACCACCACAGCAGCAGCAGCAGCAACAGCAGCAGCAGCAGCAGCAGCAGCAGCAUAGGUUGCAGAAUCCUAUUCAGCCUCCAUUUGGUGGUUCUCUACCAGGUUUUCAGUCCCAUCUUUUUAAUUCCCACCUGUCUUCAGGCCCGCCCCAGUUAAUGAACAAGUUGGAAGCCAUGCUUGGCGGCUUACCAGAUAUGAGGGAUCAAAGGCCUAGGUCUCAGAAAAGUAGACAGAAUACUCGUUUCAUCCAGCAGGGUUAUGAGACCAAUAGUGUUAGGAAUGACUUCGGGUGGCCUUUCUAUAGAUCCAAGUAUAUGACAGCUGAUGAAUUAGAGAAUAUUGUUAGAAUGCAGCUUGCAGCAACGCAUAGUAAUGACCCAUAUGUUGAUGAUUACUAUCAUCAGGCUUGUCUUUCAAGAAAAUCUGCAGGUGCAAAAUUGAGGCAUCAUUUUUGUCCUAAUCAACUAAGGGAUCUUCCACCACGUGCCCGUGCCAAUAAUGAGCCACAUGCUUUCCUUCAGGUUGAAGCACUUGGUAGGGUUCCAUUUUCAUCAAUUCGUAGACCUCGCCCUCUUCUUGAAGUUGAUCCUCCAAGUUCAUCUGUCGGUGGAAGCACUGAUCAAAAGGUUUCUGAGAAGCCCCUUGAACAGGAGCCUAUGCUGGCAGCUAGAGUUACGAUUGAGGAUGGUCAUUGUCUACUUCUUGAUGUGGAUGAUAUUGAUCGUUUCCUGCAAUUCAAUCAGUUUCAAGAUGGUGGUGCUCAAUUAAGAAGACGUCGCCAGGUUCUGUUGGAAGGACUGGCUUCAUCAUUUCACAUAGUCGAUCCACUCAGUAAAGAUGGUAAUGCUGUUGGGCUGGCUCCUAAAGAUGAUUUCGUUUUCUUGAGGUUGGUUUCCCUUCCCAAGGGUCGAAAGCUUCUAGGGAAGUACCUUCAGCUGCUCAUGCCAGGAGGUGAGCUUAUGCGAAUAGUUUGUAUGGCUAUAUUCCGUCACUUAAGAUUCUUGUUUGGUAGUGUUUCUUCUGAUCCUGCGAUAGCAGAUUCUGUUAGUGAUCUUGCAAGAAUUGUUUCAUUGCGAACCCAUAGUAUGGAUCUUGGAGCUUUAAGUGCAUGCCUUGCAGCUGUAGUUUGUUCCUCAGAGCAACCUCCACUUCGCCCACUAGGGUCCCCUGCUGGGGAUGGGGCGUCCUUGAUUUUGAAAUCUGUUCUUGAGAGAGCUACGGUACUCUUAACCGAUCCUCAUGCUGCGAGCAACUAUAACAUUACCCACCGAGCUCUUUGGCAGGCUUCUUUUGAUGAUUUUUUUGGCCUUCUUACAAAGUAUUGUGUGAACAAGUAUGACACUAUCAUGCGAUCACUACUCAGACAAUCUCCACAGAAUGCAGCAGCAGCUGUAUCGGAUGCUGCCACUGCCAUCAGCCAAGAAAUGCCAGUUGAAGUAUUACGUGCAAGUCUUCCCCACACCGACGAGCACCAGAGGAAAGUGUUGAUAGAUUUUGCCCAACGCUCGAUGUCUGUUGGUGGAUUUAUUAACAGUGGGGCCUAGCACAGUGGUUACAACAAUUUUGAUUCCUCAUGAUCAGGAGAACCAUGUUGCCCUUUAUCUAUAUACAGUCCGAAUGAAGAAGCCUUCAGAAUAAUCUCCACCAUCACACAUGGAAGGAAGGACAAAGAAACACGUUCCUCCAUUUUGAGGUCUCUCUCUCUCUACUGCUCCCUUAAAAUUUCUUUUCCUUUUGGUAUAGUGGCGAGAGCGCGUGUGUGGGGUGGGGGGGAAUUAUUCCUCUUCAUGCUUUUACUUUAGAAAAAUUUGACGCUGGUAAGUGACGCCAUUGUUAUGUUGGGUUUAGUUUUCAUUUAUCUUUUUCUGGGUUUGGUAGUAGGGUUUUAGAUAGAAUAUUAUUAUGGUGUUUUGAGAAUGGUGGGGGUGGUCCAGAAAUGAUAUUUGUGGAUGGUUGAGGGUUAGAAUGUACAGGGUUGGUCUUGAGACCAAUUUCCCAUGGUCCUUCCCUAUUAAUUACUUGAAGGAGGAGGUGGUGGGAUUGUUUUUGUGUUUUAAAAUUCUACUUUUUCUUUAUGAUGUUAAUUAGUUCUAUGGCACACGAAAGAGAGAAAAGAAAAGGAAAAGCUUUGAUGGGAAUUCAUAUGAUCUUAUGAGGGAACCUUUUUCAUUUUUUUUUCCUUUUAAUUAAAAGAAUGUAAGGAUGGAACACUGUUUCCACAAUUAUUAAUUUUUUUUUGGUCAUUUGUAUUUACCAAAUUUGGACAGUGUUGUGCUCUUGUAUCUUUUCUAUGAAAAUGGAAUAAUACCCUUUUUGGGUUAGGUGAAAGGUCGUGUUCUUUUCAGGUGAUGCA